CGCGCAUGAUGAUCAAAGGUCAAUAUAAGUGAGGUCACGAUGUUUCGCCGUCGGUCAUUCACGAAGGAGAACAUUUUGCCGCCGAUUUUCCUGUCUUUUGGAUGAAUCUUGGUCCUUUUUCCAUCUGAUUAAUGUCUGCUGCCUCUAUCUAUUAGAUGAUAAAACGAUGGGCUGUUAAACAUCCCAUGAUAUGUCAAAGUUCAACGCCGGAGUUGGAUAUUGAUUAAUAACAUCCUAAGAGCCAUGGACAGUCCAAAGAACUUUGACAUGGGGGAAGAUGUCAGAAUGUCUCCUAAACUCUCAUCCAGAAGAAAAAGGAGUCGCCCUGUGAAGUUCAAUCAAGAUUAUAUCAUGACAGACGACUUGCCCAACAACUCUGGCUACCUUUCACCGGGCUCUGCUGAGAAGGAGUCUUAUGAGAAUUCUGAGAGCUUCAUGACAGCAGGCCCAGGAGAUUUCCUACAAGCUGAUGAUUCAUCGUCUCCUUCCUCUCCAGAGAAAAUCCAGAGACAGGUUACUUCCAUUCGAGAUGUCUCAUUGAUGAAGGGUACUGCUGCCAAGAGGGCCAAGCUGGAAGAAAAUGGCCCUCAAGAUUCCAGGACAAUGGAAGGCAAUACAGAUGGACAGCAGACAACCUUCUCAAGUUUGUUACAUACAUUUGCAUCUCAGGUGAACAAUCGUGUUGAAAACAGUGAACGUCAGUCUCCUUACAAUGACUCUUCUGUUACCCCUAAAACUAUUUGGCCUGUGACAACUUCUAUCUCUACUACGCCACAGGGCAUGCAUCAUCAAAGAGCACAUUCAGACACUUCCGUGCAAAGACAUUCAAAUUCACCAGCAUCAAACACCAGACAAGGCAUGUCCUUCUCUGGAAUGUUGCAAAACUUUGUAUCUUGCGUGAAUGACUCUCCUCCAACCACAAAGGCCGCUCCUGCUCCUCUUUCAUCCCUGAAAUCCUUGCUUACUCCAAAUCAACAACCCGUUGUUCCAGCGAGGUCAACUCCUAACAGCCGUUUCACAGGGAAUCUGUCUGCACCUGCAGGCAAAGAGCAACAGUCCUUUGCAGGUCUCCUGCAUAGCUUUGCAUCGGUAGUGGAUAAAGGUAACCAGGAGUCUCUUCAAGGUAGAAGGCAUCGGCUAGGAAGUGAUCAUAGAUCAAGUCCGGCUGGGCACGAGCAUACGCAGAAAGGGCCAAAGUCCCUUCUUGAUGUUCUUCAUGAUACCAUUUCAAGGAGAGUAUUAGAAACUAUCCCCUCACCCCCGCAGGAUGAAUCAAGCCAACAGACAAAAUAUUCCCAUUCUGCUCACAACACGCAGUUAGACAAGGUUAUGCAAUUCAACAUGGACAUUCCAGCUCAAGCAAAGGUACCAUUAAGCCAAGAAGCAAGAAGGGGUAAUAUGGAAGAUGGCUUAUCUGUAAAGUCACUCCAAGUCAAAGGUGGUAGAGGUGAACCUGAAGAGGAACUGCAUCCCAACAGUCACCAAUGGAGUCACAUUAGGAAUGUUCUUCCUCCUCUUGAUGAUAAUGAGGAUGCAUACCAUGGAAAUAGACAACAGUCUCAGACAGAUAAUAGCAUGUAUGCUGUCCAUAAUAUCAAGACAGAACCUCCAGACGAAGAACCCAGUGUAGAGUCCAGUUUCAGUCAAGAAGAUACCGACCAGCCGAGAGAGUAUUUGCUAAGUGGCACAGCAAGCCAAGAUGAUGAUUAUGAACCAGAAGACAGUCCACUUCACACAACAAUCAAACAAGAACCCAUUCAGAGCACAUCAGGCAAUGAGUGGGAAAUGUCUAAUAAUGUUGUGAAUUCCACUUUGAGGGAAAGGCUCCUUAUGAGAAUUGAAUCAAGACAAUCCCUUCAUCACUCUCCAUCACAGUCCAGUAGUUCCACAUCACCAGCAGAGACACAGCAAACUCAGAAACAAAGAAAUUCAAACCAAUUGCCAGAUGAGUCACCUGGGAAUAGAGAACCGGUGGCAAAUAGAGGAUUGGUUUCACAGUUGUUGAGCAGUGAGAAUUCUUCCACCUGGAGAAAUAGGAGUUCUGGCUCCUUUGCUGAUCUUCUGCACAAUAUAACAUCUUCAAUGCUGGAACAGGAUUCUAAAGAUGAUAAGAAAGAAUCAUCCCAGAGUAAUCAGAAAUCAAUAAAGCAAGAGCCAGUGGUGAGUGAUGAAGAACCUGAAUCGGGAUCUGUCCAAGACUUUCAGUCAGCCCAGGGACAGGUUGGUUCUUUAUCACUUACUUCUUUGCUACAAAAAGAGCGUACAAGCCAUUUGGAAGAACCGGUGGAGAAGAAAAAGGUUCCACGUUGUAUUUCCAGACUUCUCGCCGGUCCUUUGCAUUCUUCUGACACCAGAGAUCUUGAAUUCUCAGAUGGGAAAGGAACAAGAGCUCAAAAGAAGAAACUGGUAUCCUAUGUUGAUCCCCCAAGCCUGUCUUCUUCAAGUUUGUCAUCAGAUGAAGUAGAUCAAAAAAAUACACCAGACAUCCACCCUCCUACUUCGAGACUUUUAAUUUGUUCUCGCUCUGCAACAAAGCAUUCAAAUUCAAUGAAGCAUCGAUGGAAGAGAGGUCAAAGAUAUGGCCUCAAAAUCAAACAAGGGUGGCCUAGCAAGAGGAGGGAUGACCUUCAGAAGCGUAGUGAACUAAGAAGUGUGCAUGCCACUCAUAAGCCAAGUACUUCAAGACGUAAUGAAUCCAGCAGUCACAGUACCACCUCAACUGCUGAUGGAAGAAAUUUGGAAACUGAUACAAUGUCCUUCACAGAUAUCCUUCAGAAACUUGCUCAGAAAUGCCAAGCUGGUGGUCAGGAUACUUCACUGCAAGGAUCAUUUGACCAGCAUGUGAAUAAUCCUGAAUUCUGCUCAACUCCUAACCAGACAGAUUCUUCUAUGAGUAAGAGACAACAAGUUAGUGGUGGAGGAAUGUCUCCUCUCCACCCAGAUGUGCUCUCCAAUGUUCCUAGUUCUGCAAACCUUAAGAAUCUCCUGCAAAAGAGCUCUCUGACUCAGGUGCCUCCCAAAGUUCAGUCUCCUCCCUCUGGGGCUCCUUCUACUUCUGGUACAUCAAGAGAUGUCUCCUUUUCAGAUAUUAUGCAGAACAUGGCCUCAACAGUCACCAAGAAAAAAGGAACUUCUACUGUUUACGAAGAUCUUCACACCCUUGAUCCCCCUGCCCCUUGGAUUAAAUCCAUGUCAGGAAAUUGGUUGCGUUUCAUCCUCUUAGGUGAGGAUGAAAACCCAAGAAUCAACAUGUCUGUUUCCAUUAACUUAUGGAACACUAUCAAUGAGGUGAAAAUCCAUUGCCACCAUAUAGAAGUCCCAGCCAAUCACUGGAUAUUCCGAAGGUUUGGUAAACGCAUCCAUACUAAAGCUGCUCUCCAAGGUGUCUUACAGGCCAUCUCUAAUGGAUGCUCUGUAUGUGAGGGAACAACGCGGGGUGACCUUGUUCACAUGUACCGCAAUAAGCUUGCUUCGACUUCUAGAUGGCAAGCAGCUGCGCUUUUGGAGGACAGCUUUGGAACAGCAACCAUACGCUCCAGCCAGUGUGAGCUUCUUGUUUCUGGAUUGAGGCGCUCCAGAGAAAAGAGGUGCUCAAAGUGCUCCAAGUUCGUGGAUCGAAAGCUUAAGGCAGUUAUGUACCACAUGAAAAAGAAACUUGGUAUAAGUUAAGAUCUGUUUCAUCUCAACUUUCUUGAAACAAAACACUGUAUACGUCAAGUCUAUUCAGUAAACAGUGACUGUGGCAUAGGUCCCAUUUGCACAGGAAUGGCAAAAAAGUCUUGAAUAUUUGUUGGAGCCCAAAAUACAAACAUAUUUUACUCCUGUUUUAUUUCAAUUUUUUUUUGCAUUUGGAUACUUUGAGCAUAGGUUGGGCAUUGUGUAAAAGCAAGCAUUUGCUAUAAUAUGUACGUAGACUAUAACCCUUACUGAUUUUGGCCGUUUUGAGAAUCUCUCUGAUGGGGGGGGUCUAUGAUCUUGGCCAUCAAACCACUUUCUGAAAUCUGAAAAAAAAUAAAUUAAACCUCAGUGAAACACCAAUCAUGUGUUUGACUGGUUUUGGCUAGUUCUUAGUAGUCAAGAAUUCAGAAUGUUGCCAUAAUUUUCAAGGGAACUUGGAGGUAGAAAGUUUUUGAUUAAAAAAAAAACCCCAUCCCCCUUAAGAAACGAUUGAAAUACUAAUCCCUAAAAUAAAUUGUAAGCACCAUUUGAGCAGUAUGUAUUUCUCUAAAGGUCUAUUGAAAUAAUAGAGAAUGAAGUAAUGUGAGCAUUCAUGGAAAAUUUCAUCAAAAUCGAUAAAAGAAAAAGUAUAUUUCUGUUUUUAAUUUUGCAAUAUAUUUAUAAUAUGCACAACACAGGUUAUAUUGAAAUGAGGGAGCCUUUUACUUCCCACACAUUCUACAUGCAUUUUGUAUUUUAUUAAAUAUUUUAGUAUUUCAGAAUAAAUGAGCUCUUUAUGUAAUUAUGGACAAAGAUUCCAAAUAUUCAAGUUAAACUCAUGUUUCACAUUUUAGGAGCCGUUCAUAUUGCACUAUAGAAAUGCAUGUAGAGAGUGUGGUGUUAAUCGUUCGUUUAUUUACAUACCCUCAUGUUAUAUGUUCUGUAGAAAUAAAGAAAACCUAAAAAUGCUACCACUUUCUUACUUCACAUGCGAUAUUCAGUGUAAUGGUUUUAUUUAAUUUUUUUUUCAAUUCAACUUUUUCCAGGGGUUCACUUGGGUUUUGACCGAGUCACAAUUACUUGCAAAAUGGUAUCAGUUUAAAGAUUCUGAAUACAAAAAUGUGCUCUCAAGUGUGUUCUCAUUUGCUAUAAAAUUACUUUUUUUGUGAGUAAUUUUUGUAUAUUCUGUAUGCCACUUUCACUUUUCCAUGUAUUUUUCCUUUGGUCAAAACUCAAAGUGAACCUGUUGUAAGAGUACAUUCUGUCCUGUCUUCAAGCUGGGCAUUUUUUGGUAUUGUGUGAAUACAUGUAUGUAAGGGGUUAGUGUGAUAUGACUUAAUAUAUAUCUGGAUAUUUAUUUUGGUUUAGUUUAUUUUUGUUAGGAAAUACUGUGCAAGUAUAAAUAUACUAUUGUAAUUCAAAAGUCAGUUGAAUAGUUGAAUAAAAUAUUAUUUUUUUUAUGAAUGACUUGAUUUUGUGCAAUCAUGAGUUGGAAUUAUUUUUUUUAGGUAUUGGAUAAGUUGCUGAAUAGAAUGUAUGAUAUGAAUUCUAGAUGACAAUGCCCUGAUAGAGGGGUUUAUUUUCACUAAUAUAUUAAUGAGACCAUGUUUAAUUUUGGAUCUGUUAGGUUUUAUCAACUUUGUUAAAAAAGAAAACAAUUUUGUACAUUAUACGUACCGUAUGUAAAGUUUACCUACAUAUCUUGCUGUGUAACUUUACUGAUAUUUCAUUCUUGAGGCACCAGUGAUGAAAAUUUAUUAUACCCAUCAUUAUUACCUGUAAAUCUGCUCCAACAUGUUUAUAUGACUGGCAAGCUGUUAUUUGUAAGAACAAAUCAAAUCUUGUUGGUAUAUUUGAAUCAAAUUUUGAAGCUAUUUAAUUUUGAAAGGUGAUAUGUACAUUAAGUGAUGUAUAGAUCUAUUAAAAAUUAAUGUACAUUACUAAUGAUAAUGAUAGGCAUUUAUAUAGUGCCAUCUAUCUAGAAAUAUUCUAUUAGGAGGCGCGAUGUUAUUAUUACCCCGACUUUAGCUCGGGCUGCCUUUCAGCGCUCAUGCAUUCAAGGAAUUAAUCCUGCUGGGUACCCAUCCACCUCACCUGGGUUGAGUGUAGCACAAUGUGGAUAAAUUCCUUGUAUUAGCAGGGGUAAGUGGUGGAUUUUGUUUAUCCAGGAAAACAUAGGCGUUCAUUCUGAUCGAGGCACCUUGAUUUUUUGUUUAAAGAUAAUUUCCAUAUGCCAGCCAUGUAUUUUUUUAAGUAGAGAGUUGGGUCAUUCUGUGUAAGAUCCAGCAAUGGGCUAAGCCAUCCGACUCUUAUUGGGUAUAGUGCGCCAUAUGAUUUUUUGCGCUAUGAACGAUGAUGCAACUAAAAAGGAAUUCUCACCCCCCCCCCUAAAGAUAUAAGUGGCAUUUCGCAUUUUUCAUCAUGAUCGAUUUUUUUUUCCUGAAAUUCCUUCCUGGAUCCUUAUUCGAUAUCAGUUGUUAAAGUAGACAAAAUACGAUUAUUCAGCUAAUCUGCAUGUAAGAUUUCUGCUUCAUCAGUAGUAGAGAUGUUUGAUCAUGAAAUGUGCAAAUGCUUUUUUUAAUUCACAUUUAUCGGAACUUAUGACUGCAUUGUAAAUAUUAGAAAUGGAAAUUCCUGUUGAGUGAUGUGUAUAUAAUGUAAGUUUGAUUAUAAUUUAAGUGAAUUACAAUGUUUAUUUCUAGUAUUCAUGGGUGCAAAUAACAAGGCUUUGCUCUUAUUGAUACUGUACAUGAAGUUUGGUGCUGUAUAUUUCUUUCCUCUUCUCUUUCUUCCUCUUCCAUUUUAUCCAGAAAAGACCUAGGGUGUAAUUCCUGAAGAUAUGGGCGUGGCAGAAAGUGACUCUAAAAUACCAAAUUGCAUGCAGAAAAUAAAAUGCAUCACUAGGCCCUUGCUACUGCAUUGUCAUUACAAGAUAUUCCUUUGACACUGGAUAAGUGCGCUGGCAUUAAAGCAUGACUUUCAACCACACUUGAAUUCUUUAUUGUUUGCAUGCCCAAUUAAGCUUUUUCUGAAGACCAUGGAUUUCUCAGAUACUUAGAAAAGAAUGGAGCACACUCACUUCUUGUUAAUCUUAAAAGUUGGGAGGAAAGAGAAAGAACAAAAAAGUGCAUAACUACCUGUAUCUAUUAGAAGUUACCUAGCUAGUGAAUGUUCAUUUUCUUUUUACCUAUACCUAAUUCUUGUUUGUGAUCAUUUUCAUUUUUGUAUAUCAAGAAAGCUGCAAUCUUGUACAUAUAUUCUCUUCUUGACUCACUGAUUUUACUCACAAUAGACAUAUCUCAAUAACUGAUCUUUUGAACUUGUUCUGCGGUUAAACCUUGUUGAUAUGUUUUGUGUAUAUUUUAUGAUUUAUUCUUUGAUACUAGUAAACUAGGUGUUCUAUUAUCUCAAUUAACAUGUGCAAUUAUUAUUUGAUCAAUUAAUUUUUAUGAAGAAAAUGUUUAUAUUGGUUAUGGACUUGUUUCUCUUAAUAACCCUGUGUUUUGUUUUUAUUUAAAAUUGUUGGGAUAAAUGUAUAUGGUUACUUACAAUGAAAAGCUGUGAACAUGAUGAAUCAAAAGCCUAAAUCCAAAUUAAUUGAGAUUAUUUAGUAUUGACUCGUUUGAAUAUUAUGUAUGACAGUGAAUAUAAGGAACAUUUUGCUUUAACUCAAUGUAAUUGAUUGUACUUGUAGUCCUGAAAUUUAUAAGGGUUUUGUGGUUUUUCUUGUUGACUGGGUUGAUUUCUCAAAAUCGUGUGGUCAGUUGAUUCAUUUUCAUGAUAUUUAGGGUAAUUUUUAACUCAAGUAAAAUUAAUUCAACGUUAAUCUUAGUUUGUUUUACAUACUUUUUCCCCUUAUAUAUUAAUGUUUUUAUUUUCUCAUUAGAUACAUGUAGUGUAUUUUAUUUAGAACUAUGCUGCAUCUAAACACCUCAGUUUUAUUUAAUACAGAGAUAUUUUUUAAUGUUCACUUCUACACAGCAUUAGAAGGGGAAACAGAGAUAAAGUUACAAAGCAUAUAAUGAUGCUAUUGAAAACUUUGUAUUGUACCCAUUUGUAUUAAUCUAAAUUCGGAUUGUUUUGUGGAAUUAUCUUUUUUAGCUGUGAAUAAUUUUUUACAAUUUCAAUCAUUGAAAACCAAAGGGUGUUAACAAUUGCUUUGACUUUGUUAUG